UAUGUGGGUACUUUUGGUCGGAUGCGGAAGUAUCCGUCCUGAUGAUGAUGAAGCCAGAUAGAUUUUUUCUUUUUCAGAUGGAGUAAAUUAACACAGUCGGGAAGCAAUCGGUGGAAAAGGAAACAGCUUUGGAAGGUUGAUUCCAUUACAGAUUCGAUUCGAAACUAUGGUUCAGAUUUCCGAUCUUCCACGGGAUUUGACAGAGGAGGUGCUCUCUAGGAUUCCGGUGACAUCUAUGAGAGCAGUGAGAUUUACUUGCAAAAAGUGGAACACCUUAUCGAAAGAUCGGAGCUUUACAAAGAAGCACCUGCGUGGAGCAAGAGCAGCAGCAAAGAAGAAGCAGACGAAGGAGUUUCAGGUGAUCAUGAUGAUUCAAUUUAGGGUUUAUUUAUACAGCGUCAACCUCCUUAAUCCAUCAAUAGAGCGUAUAGGUAAACUUAUUAGCCUAGACGUUGAAGAUCAUGUCGACAUAUCUAAAAUCUUUCACUGCGGCGGUUUAUUGUUAUGUAUCACCAAAGACAUAUCUAGGCUUGUGGUUUGGAACCCUUAUUCUGGGCAAACAAGGUGGAUCAAACCUAGAAAUUCUUACCACAGAUUGGACAGGUACGCUUUAGGAUACGAAGAGAAGAACAAGUCGUGUCGUUGCUACAAAAUCUUGAGAUUUAUGGAUGAUUACGAGGAUGACAGGGCACUGCGCCUAAUUCGUGAGUUUGAAAUCUACGACUUAAACUCUGAUUCAUGGAAGGUUGUUAAUGUCACUCCCGACUGGGAUGUAGAGUUUUAUCACCGUGGCCUGUCUCUCAAGGGGAAUACUUACUGGUUUGCUCAAGAGAAGCUUCCACCAUUACCACGCGGAAGAGUGAUAACAAUAUCAGAUAUGGCUGAUUUCUUACUCUGUUUUGAUUUUACAAGGGAGAGAUUUGGACCGCGCCUGCCUCUGCCUUUCCACUCUUUUGUUGAAGAUACUGUGACUCUAUCCAGUGUUAGAGAUAAGAAACUUGCAGUGUUAUUUCAGCCAUGUAGUGCAUCUACCGUGAAGAUAUGGAUUAGUCGCAAGAUUGAGCCCAAUGCAGUGUCGUGGAGGAAGGUUUUCUUAGCGGUUGAUAUGAAAUCACUCACUGGUUUUCAGUUUGACAUUAACGCUGCAAGUUUCUUUGUUGACGAGAAGAAAAAGGUCGCCAUGGUUCUGGAUAAAGACAGGUUCAGUUAUAAAUUUACUCGCAACAUAGCUUACAUCAUUGGGAAGAAGGGGUACUUCGAAAAAGUGGAUCUUGGAGAAUCUACAGUUUCAAGUUGUGCCUCACUUGUGUGCUCUUACGUUCCAAGCUCAGUGCAAAUCUAGCAAGCUUCACCACGAGGCAACCAAUCGAUUCAAUUGUUUUCUUUUCUUAUGUAUCUGAUUUGUCUUGGAGAUUUUUUAUCUUUGUCUAGUUGUUGUGCCCAGAACUCUAAGUUCCGCCACAUAGUUUUUCCAGACUAAUAACUUGUUAGAGGACAGAGCUAAGCAUACCUGACCUGAACACAAAAUUAUAGGGGAAUGAAAUUGGUUUCUACCUCUGCAUGUCUCACCAUGAAAAGCUCAUCAUCGUAGAUCAUCAGGUCUGCUUUAGCUGAGGGAUGGACUUGUGUUUUGCUGGUAUGACAUGUUUGAACAUUAAUUUGGAGAUAACCCUUGUGUGACA